AUGCCCAAGAAAACUAGAAAUUUUCUACGUAGAGCCCAUUUAUCAAAUUUGUUUAAUUUGCUGCAAAUUACCCUUCGUGAAAGAAAUUACUGUCGUGCCAAUCGAAUUAUUGAAAUUUUAUUACAAUGUCCAGAAAUUGAUAUUUCCUUAAUCUGGCAGUAUGCUGUGGAUAUAUUAACGCACUUGGGAAGGCCGGAAAGAGAUUGCAUCGAGUUUUUCAAUCAGUUAUUGUUACAUACCAAAAAUGCGGAAGAUAUUCUUCUAGAAUUAAUUUUUUAUCAGAUAAAAUAUGGACAAGCAGAAGAAGCACUCGUAACCCUUGAAACGUAUUUACCACAAUCUCCGUAUAAUGAGAAUCCACUUUUUCAUGGAUAUACAGGAAUGCUUGCUUUUUCUUUAUGGGAUCAAUCGAAUAUUACAAAUAUAUUUCCUUUUUCAAAUAAACGAAAGCGAGGAUUAAAUGAGGAUGAAUAUAUUUUAAAUGGUGAUCAUAUUCUCGAACAACAAAUGAGAUAUUAUAAUUUAAGUGUUAGAUCACUUAAAAUUGCUUUGGAUAAAGAUAUUAAAAAUGACAUGUUUCUUUUAUUAUUGGCUAAUGAAGAGACAGAAGAAAUUGAUGAGGCCUUACGAUCAAUUGAAGAUUUCUGUAAAGAAAAUUCAGAAUGGGUUAAUGCUGGUAAAGUAUAUCAUCAAGUGGAUCCAUUAAGUCCACCUGAAUCUGCAUUAGAUAUUUUGAUCAAUUAUUAUGAAAAUGUCAUAAUAAUAGAACAAACGAGUGAAGGGAACCAAAGGAAUUUAGUAUUUGCACAUUAUAAUAUUGUUGAACUAUUAUUUCAACGUAUUGAACAUGGCGAUGAUAAAAUUUCAUAUUUUAAAAAAUUAAUAAUUCAUUUUAUUUGGUUAGAAUUUCUUGAUCCUUCUUACAUGAUGAUUAAUUCUCUUCUUAAAAGCCGUGUUAGUUGGAUUCAUUCAUUUAUUUGGUGUCAGGCUCUUCAUCUUUUACCGAGUGAGACACCUCAGAACUAUCAAACUACGAUAAAUGAAGAUCAUUUAGGUCUCUAUCGUUUAUUAGCUAUACUUAUAGAAAAUUGCUCCCAUGAAUCAGAAUCACAUGAAGGAAUAGAUAUAAAAAAUUUUAAAGAUGCGGUUUUAUCUAUUAAGGUUGAGAAAAGAGGGGAAAGAAAUUCAGAUCAAAGUGAAAAUAAGAUCAUUGGGAAUGUACAAGUAGAAUCUGAUUUAAAUGAUAUAUUUAAUGACAUUUUAAUUCAGAUAAAUAAUAAAUAA